GUGAAAAUCUCAGUAUUUCUAUUAAUUAACUCUUACAUUUUUCUUUAUCAAAUACAAUAAGGUUAAAUCAUUUUAUAUUUUAAACAAAAAAUAUUAAGCUACUAGUGUUAAAUGGAUAUUUACUACAAAUUGAAUGUAUAAGCACAUUAGACAAGGUGUUCAUAUAUGAAGAUUGAGAGUUGUUACUUUACUCAUCGCAACUUUCUUUCAAGUUUCGCUCUCAAAUACAACGAACAUUCAUGUCUUCUUCGCUGCUUCGUAUUGACUACUACAAGCUUGUAUUGUAGUCAACGAGAACAUUCACACUACGACUUCACCCACGCGUAAUCUCUCAGGUUCACGGUAGUUAACAAUGAGGUUCAGCAGUAUCACUCCCAUAAAAUUCUUCUUCCUCUACCUCCAAGCGUGCACCCCUGUGAACAAUUUCACAAACACUUGCUGCACCGCUGGAGCAUCCUACAACAGUGAAAGAACAUGGACAGGGUACUCGUCUCGGUCUCGUGUGCUGGUUUCGUCCUUCCUCAGUGGGCAAGAUCCAAGUUCAAUCCACGCUCACAAAACCUGUCAAUCAACACGCUUAUCUGUCAGCGAUUUUCCAUCGCCGAGAUCAAAUCCGCCACAAACAACUUCGACGACGCUUCCGUCGUCGGCGUCGGGGGAUUCGGCAAUGUUUACAGGGGCUUAAUCCGCAGAAUUUUCAUCCCGGGAUCUCAGAAACACUUCAAUCCAGGUUCGAAUGGCGCUAAAAAGUUCCCGGGCAAGAUGGAGGUGGCUAUCAAGCGCCACAAACCGGGUUCAAAGCAGGGCGCUGAAGAGUUUCUGAACGAGAUCGAAAUGCUCUCGCAGCUCCGGCAUCGCAAUCUCGUUCUACUCAUUGGUUACUGCAACAGCAAGAAGGAGAUGAUCCUGGUCUAUAAUUUCAUGGCGCGUGGCAACCUCCGUGACCAUCUCUACAACAGCAACAAACCUUCCAUGCCAUGGAAGCGACGCUUGCAAAUCUGUAUAGACGUUGCUCACGCGCUUCAUUAUCUUCACAGUUGCGCCAAUAAAUACACGAUAAUCCACAGUGAUGUGAAAACCACGAACAUCUUGUUGGACGAGGAGUGGGUGGCCAAGGUAUCAGACUUCGGGCUUUCAAGAAUUGGGCCCAGGGAAUCCAAGGCCCAUGUCUGCGUCACCGCUAUGAAGGGUAGCUUCGGGUAUAUAGAUCCAGAAUAUUAUAAACGACAACAUUUGACGGAAAAGUCUGACGUGUACUCUUUUGGAAUUGUUUUAUUUGAGGUACUGUGCGCUCGCCCGCCUCUGAUUCACACCACAGAUCCGAGACAAGAGUCGCUCGGUAAUUGGGUUAGGUACUGUUACCAAAAUGGAACCAUGGCAGAAAUAAUGGACCCCACGUUGAAUGGGAAGAUUGCGCCUAAAUGCUUUAGAAUGUUUUGCGAGAUUGGGGUGAGUUGUUUAUCAGAAAUUGGGACGCAGAGACCGUCUAUGCACGACGUCGUUUGGGUGCUAGGGAACGCCCUGCAACUACAAGAAAAGGCAGAAAUUAGUGUGGCGCAUUCUAGUAGCAAACAUUUAUUGUCUAGUUAGGCAAAUUGAAUUAUUGAAGGGUUGAAUAUGCAUUAUUGAAUUUAUUGAAUUGAAUUACUUCAUUUCUAGGAUCAACUGUUCAUGGGUCGUUUCAAAGGACUCGUUUGGGGUGCAAAUAAAAAUCUUGCAUAUGGGGUCCAUAAUGUGAAUAGAAGGGCUGGAGUAUCAUCUUGUUUUGUGGGUUAUCUUAUUUUUCUAUGGAAAAGGCGUGUACAAAUAUAUUAAAAUGCCUUCUAAUAGGAUUUGCAUCCCUAACAAGUUCAAGUAUGAUAUACGUUACUUAUGCUUAAAGCAGUAAAAGUAUCUUUUUUUAA